CUCCUCGAUAGCUGAGUUACUCUUUAUGCUCACGGCACAUAUCUUAUGUCUAACCUUUUCUCCUCACUUGCAAUUUUAGACCUAAGCCGCAGCAGACCAACCUGCCCGAAACAAUGCCUUUAACGACUGAAUAUGAGACUAUUACCCAGGGGCGAGCGAAAAGGAGCACGGCGGGAAACCGCAUGCGGGAGUUGCUGGAAAAGGCGCAUCAAGAAGAUGACGAUGAGCUCUUCAAGGAAGUCGAGGACGAUGAGGAAUUCGUAGCUCCUCCCGAGCAGAAGGACAUUUUUCUUGACGAGUUUGCGGAUACCGACUCUGCGCCGUCUGACGAAGAUGAGGAAGCCCAACUGCUGCGUGCCGAACGCCGAGCCAAACGGGAUGCGCAAUCCAAGGGCAAAGGCAAAUUGAGGAUCAACCCUCUGUCUGCUCCCAAAUACGGAUACGGAUACGGUGCCAAAGCGAAAGAACAGGGCUUCAAGCUAAAGGAGUCUGAUUUGGCUUUAUUAGGGGAAGAUGUGGAUGUGGCGAGCAUGGCGCCUUCGACGCUUGUGCUGGAACUGCGGCGGAGGAAGAGGGAGGCGAAGCGGGUGCAUAGAAGCGAGGCGCGCAGAUCGAAUUUGAGAGCGAGCACGCUUGGCACUGCGGCGGCGGCGGCGAAUACUGAUCCUGAUGCGCAAGGAAAAGCCGAAGCGGAAGAAGACGACGGGAAGAACAGGGGGCGGAGAGGUCGUGUGGCACAGCAUGUAGCGACCACACGUACCCUCCGCAAGCCCCUGACGCAAUCCCAGCUGAUCGAAGCGGCUUUAGAGGAAGAAGAGAGAAACAAGGAGGCGCUGAGAGAUUGGCUGAAGAAGGAAGAAGAGAAGAGGGAGUUGAGGAGGGUCGGGAGAAAGGUUGUAAAGGGACCGAGGUGGACGUGGGUGUCGAGGACUGUGGGGAGGCUGGUGGAGGAGGUCCCGGAGCCUGCUAAAGCUGAAGAGUUGAGUCACGAGCAAGACAAGUCUCAAGGUGCAGAAAAGUCGCAAGGUGAAUGCUCCAAAGCGCCUCAGUCAGAGGGAUCAAAAAUCAACUCUGCAUCCCCUCCAUCAAUCACCCAAUCCGCGGACACCACGGCACUUUUAAACCCCGCGCCUGGUACGCAUCAGCCAGAGCCAGAGCCAGAGCCAGAGCCAGAGCCAGAGCCAGAGCCACAACCAGAGCCAGAGCCACAACCAGAGCCAGAGCCACAACCAGAGCCAGAGCCACAACCAGAGCCAGAGCCACAACCAGAGCCACAGCCACAGCCAGAACCACAACCACAGCCAGAACCACAACCACAACCACAACCACAACCACAACCACAACCACAACCACAACCACAACCACAACCACAACCACAACCACAACCACAACCACAACCACAACCACAACCACAACCAGAACCCAAUGCCCCAUACACGCGUAACUAUAUUAUCCUUUCGCAAAUCCCCGGUGGUCUCCCUGCCGAACUGCAAGUCGUUUUGGGUUCCCAUGUAGAAUGGGACAAGUUGAAGAUUAUUCCUUCACGGAACAGACCUAUCAACCGACAGAUCCCUCUCUGCCCGUUUACCAACCUGCCCGCCAAGUACAGACACCCUACGACGCUCAUCCCGUUCGCCACGAAAGAGGGAUACCAAGCGAUCGAAGCGCUCUUGCGGAACCGGUACGAAUGGGUGGAACCGGGCGGUUGGUGGGGUGUGGGAGAAGGGGACGUGGUGGCGGAUGGGAUGGGGGGUGUGGAUGGGCUGGAGGCGGGGCCGGGGAUAGGGGGGUGGUAUGCGGGGGAGAGGGUCGACCGGCUGUCUCGGUCCGAGCCGCGAGAAGGGCAAGAGCAAGAGCAUGGGCAUGGGCAAGAGACGACACCGGCAGAUGGGCAAAUGGAGGAAAAAAUAGGCAUAAAGAGGGCGCGGGAGAGUCAGACGGCGACGAAGAGUAAACGACGACGCUGAGCUGUAGACAUGGAAGAUUGGCAUCUGGCGAAACCGUUUUUAUUUGUAUUACCACGUUGUAUUUUCAUAAUGUCACG